ACCAGCGUUGUCUUUAACAAUUUUGAGCUAGAGUGCUAUCCGUAGUUUGGUGUUACGUCGAUCCUACAUACAUACUUUAUUUUGGCACACUUUUGUCCGUCUUGACUCCGCUUCUCUUAUGCAACACAACUUGUGUGUUGACACCUCCCCCGCACGUAGUGGGUUUGGUGAAUGUAAAAUAAUAGCUCUGACCGUACUUAACAGCCCGAUAGAUUAAAGCUAGCUAGCUAGCAGCUAAUACAUCCAAUGGUCACGUCCUCGAAAUGAACCAGUAAGUGACUCUCCAUUAGCUGCUUCAUGCAGUCGCUGUUAAAACUUCCUCUCCCACUGAACAUAUUAGAGCCCCACGGACGGCUUACAUAGCGAGGAGGGUAUGUGUCCGCUGUGUGACCGCACGGUAGCUGGGCUCCUCCUUGUCUUUGCGCUGUCAACGUGUUUCUACAUCAACCACCUGUGUGUCAAUCAGACCAGCCUGGUGAGAUCAGACGAUGCGAAGCUAAAUAAGACUAAAGCACACGACAGACCUGCUAUAAAUACAGCACAUCUGCAGAAUAUCACAGUGGAAACACAGGGAGUCCUCCCAGAGAGGCCGAAACCGACUGAUAUGUCCAGAGGGGAUACGUGCACGAUGGCCCCGGAGAGCCGCUUCGACUGUGCCAGGGACAGGCUGCUGAGCCGGAGGGAGUGUGCGGAGAGGGGCUGCUGCUACGACCCUCUGCCCAGCUCUGCAGGACCACCCUGGUGCUUCUACCCCAGUUUGUACCCUGGCUACAAAAUGGGUGCCCUCAUUCCCACCCCGCGGGGUGAGGAGGCCUCCCUGACCCGGUCCAUCCCCUCCCAUCUCCCCAGAGAUAUCCCCUCUCUACACCUGGAGGUCUCCGAAGAGACCGCAGCCUGCUUCCGUCUCACGUUAAAAGAUCCGUCAUCUCGGAGAUAUGAAGUCAAACUCCCAGCUGGUGUUCCUUCGAGAAAGACUGCUGAAAAAGAUGUCCUCUAUUCCACUGAAUACCAGUCUGACCCAUUUGGCUUCAUAAUGCGGCGUAAAUCCAAUGGAAGGGUGAUCAUGAACACCACAGUCGCUCCUCUGCUGUUUGCUGAUCAGUACCUGCAGCUGUCCACCGCACUAGCAUCGCCCCACGUGUCUGGUCUCGGGGAGCAUUACACCUCCCUCCUCCUGGACCUCAACUGGACUUCUCUGACUCUCUGGAACAGAGACAUGGCGCCUCAUGCCGAUGCUAACCUCUACGGCUCCCACCCAUUCUACAUCGUACAGGAGCAAGAUGGCCUGGCACAUGGAGUCUUCCUCCUUAACAGCAAUGCCAUCGAAGUGGUGUUGCAGCCGACCCCCGCUCUCACCUGGGUGGCCAUCGGUGGAAUUCUGGACCUUUACGUUUUCAUGGGUCCUGACCCUCAGAGUGUUCUACGACAGUACCUCGGGGUCAUUGGCUAUCCCAUGAUGCCUCCCUAUUGGUCGUUGGGUUUUCAUCUGUGUCGCUGGGGUUACACAACCACCAUCACUACCCGACGUGUGGCGCGACGCAUGCACAAUGCAACGUUUCCCAUGGAUGUGCAGUGGAAUGAUCUGGACUAUGCCAGUAAGGACAGGGUAUUCACCUUUGACCCCUGGCGAUUUGGGGACCUCCCAGAGAUGGUGGAGGAAUUCCAUAAAAGUGGCCUGAAGUACAUCCUUAUCCUGGACCCAGGGAUCAGCAGCACCAGCCCCCCUGGAACCUAUUCGCCCUUUGAUGACGGACUGAAACGAGACGUCUUUAUAAAAAAUGCCACUGGAGACAUCCUCAUUGGGAAGGUUUGGCCGGGCCCAACUGCCUUCCCCGACUUCACCAACCCAGAGACGUGCCGCUGGUGGGAGGACUGCAUCAGAGAUUUCCAUUCUAAGGUUCCUGUGGAUGGUCUGUGGAUUGACAUGAAUGAGCCAGCCAGUUUUGUGCAGGGCUCAUUGGAGGGUUGUCCUGACGGUGAUCUUGAGAACCCGCCCUACACCCCCAGGUUGGUUGGAGGCAAGUUGAACUCGGGGACUCUUUGUAUGUCGGCUCAGCAGAAGCUGUCCACCCACUACAACCUACACAAUAUGUACGGACUGACUGAAGCCUGCGCCACGCACAGGGCUCUCGUGAAGGUACGAGGGAAGAGACCCUUCGUCCUGUCUCGCUCCUCCUUCCCUGGAAUUGGACGCUUCUCUGCCGUGUGGACGGGAGACGUCAGGAGUGACUGGGAGCAGCUUCGCUACUCCAUCCCUGCCGUGCUGCGGUUCGGCCUGUUCGGCGUGCCCCUCGUGGGGGCGGACAUCUGUGGCUUUGGCGGGAACACCAACGAGGAACUGUGCGUACGAUGGAUGCAGCUCGGGGCCUUCUACCCGUUUAUGAGAAACCACAACGACAAGUCCAACGCUCCUCAGGAGCCCUACGUAUUCGGGCAGAAGGCCCAGGCAGCCAUGCGGAGUGCAUUGAACCUGCGUUACUCCCUCCUCCCUUUCCUCUACACGCUCUUUCAUCAUGCACACACUUCUGCUGCCACCGUGGCCAGGCCUCUCUUUAUGGAGUUUCCGAGCGACGACAACUGUCGGGCCAUAGACCGUCAGUUCCUGUGGGGGAGUUCACUUCUUAUCAGCCCAGUCCUAGAGCGAGGGGCAGUAGAGCUGGCUGCUUAUCUGCCCUCUGGUACUUGGUACAGCCUGCACAAUGGUCAGCCUUUCUACAGUAAGGGUCAGUACCUGCUCCUGCCAGCGCCUCUGGACACCAUCCACGCCCACGUGAGGGAAGGACAUAUUAUCCCCCAGCAGGAGCCGGCUUUGACAACCACAGCCUCGCGCAGAAAGCCUUUCUUCCUGACCGUGGCUCUGUCAACGGGCGGCUGGGCCCACGGCGACUUGUUCUGGGAUGACGGCGACACACUAAACACGUCUGAAGUGGGAAAUUAUUGUUACGUUAUCUUCACUGCUGGGCAGUCUCAGGUGGUGAGUGAUCCCACGAGGCUGAAUGGUGACCUGGAUGGUCUGGUGCUGGGAGGGCUGCAGGUGUUUGGGGUGCCUUUGCCACCCUCAUAUGUUUUAGCCAAUGGGGAAGGAGUCAGGGAUUUUACCUACCGCAGUGACACCAAGCUUUUGACGGUGACAAACAUUGCUUUGCCAAUGUCAGAGGUGUUUACAGUCCAAUGGGCUCUCUGAUGCACUGAACUGUGUUACCUCUGAACUUAAGGUAGCAUUUGCAUGUAAGUAAGGAUCACACACCAGCUGAUUUCCUUGAGCCAUCCCAACCACCCUGGAGCUCCAGAUGCAUGUUAUGCUUGCUAUGCCUCUUUUUCCACAUGAGUUAUCAGCUUGGUUUUAAAAAAAACAUGAUCUUGACGAAUAUGAUUUAUUUUUGAUGCAAAUGGCUACAUAUUAUCACCAUGUAAUAUCUUGUAAAUGUAUACAGCUUUUAUAUUUAUUUGUAUGGAUGUAUAGAAAGUGCAGUAUAUAAAUUGAUGUGCAUGUGAGAGCUCAUCAUAAGAUUAUAUUUGCUUAAUGUUUACUGGGAUCUUUCUAAGAUGCAACAGAUACUGUUUCAUGCUGUCUCUGAAAUGAAUACCAGAAUGCUAACUUGCAUCAAGACAUUGUCUUAACAUAAUACUACAUGUAAGUGCCAUAAUUGUAGAUGAUUUGUGACCCAUCAGCUGUGUGACAAGAUGCUGUGACUUAGUCUCCGGUCCUGAUGAUGGACCAACUGCA